AUGGGUUUUCUGUUGCUUGUGUCCCUAGGUUUACUGUCGCUUACGUCCAUUGGUUAUUUGGCUCUUGCUGCCAUUGGUACUCGGUGCAACCUUGCCAUUGGCUUUGUGGCUCUUCCUGCGGUUGGUAUUCGGUCCCUUGCGUCCAUUGGUUCUAUGGCUCCUGCUACCAUUGAUGUUCGGUCUGUUGUGUCCAUUGGUUAUCUGGUUGUUGCUGCUAUUGAUGUUCGGUCUGUUGUGUCCAUUGGUUGUCUGGCUGUUGCUGCCAUUGUUAUUCGGUAUGUUGCGUCUAUUGGUUCUCUGGCUCAUGCUGCCAUUAGUUUUUGGUUGCUUGCGUCGGUUCCUCUACUGUCGCUUUUGUCCCACUUCCUGACGCCCCAAUACGUUUUUUACUUUUACUUUGGUUCUUUGGAACGAUUUCCUUACACGUCCUUGCAUUAUGAGUUGUGUUAUGGCAUCUACUACACCUUCUUAUUUUUGGUUCCUCACCUUGAGAGGGAAUGCGAUUGA